AUGACAGAAAAGGAAAGUGAGGGCGCAUCAGAACAGGCCAUUAAUGAGCAACCCGCAAGUGAUCCAGACGGCUUAAACCAGCGACCAGAGUUGAGUAGGACGUUUUACUUUGAUGAUUGUUCAGAGAUUUACGCCGCCCAGACCAUGUUCGGCUCUGUCAGUAGUGGUGUGUACUCCAUUAAGCCAACUGACUCGGACUCUUUUUCUGUGUACUGUGAUAUGACUACAGACGGGGGUGGGUGGACUGUUAUACAGAACAGGUUUGACGGGACCAUACACUUUGACAGGCGGUUUAACGAUUACAAGUACGGGUUUGGGUCCGCUAGCGGGGAGCAUUGGUUAGCGCUACAGAACAUGUACAGGAUAACUGCCCAGAAUACUUACGAACUGUACGUGGAGCUUGUGGAUUGGUCUGGCAAUGUUAGGUACGGUAAAUACUCGUCUUUCCUAGUUGGAGGGGGUGACUACUAUCAGCUGAGUCUAGGUAGUUACAGUGGGAACGCAGGAGAUAGCCUUGCGUACUCGAAUGGGGCGAAGUUUAGUGCAAAAGAUCGUGACCAAGAUACCCGGUCCAAUGGCAGUUGUGCCACCGAGUAUAGCUACACCGGAGCUUGGUGGUGGAACAAUUGUGGCCACAGCUCCCUUAAUGGUCCCUACCUCCGGCCUUCUGACCGUACCUCGCACAGUGGCUAUGGAAUCAGGUGGACUCACUUUUCCCCCUCCACCUACAGUAUGUACCUCAAAAAGUCCAAAAUGAUGAUCCGUCCUACUGACUUCCGCACCGGAAAAUAA